UUUUGAACAUGGCGGACAAAGAGAAGAAGAAGAAGGAGAGUAUAUUUGACCUGUCGAAGUACAUCGAUAAACCUAUCCGAGUGAAGUUUCAGGGCGGACGUGAAGCAAGUGGCGUCUUAAAAGGCUUUGAUCCUCUUCUCAACCUGGUAUUGGACGGAACCAUCGAAUACAUGCGUGAUCCUGAUGACCAGUACAAGCUGACUGAAGACACCAGGCAGCUGGGCUUGGUGGUGUGUCGGGGAACGUCAGUGGUGCUGAUCUGCCCACAGGACGGGAUGGAAGCCAUUCCAAACCCCUUCAUCCAGCAGCAAGAGGGAUGAGACACAGCUGUGUACCUCUUCUCCCUCACACACACACACACACACACACACACACACAGACACA